GAGAGAGAGAGAGAGAGAGAGAGAGAGAGAGAGAGAGAGAGAGAGAGAGAGAGAGAGAGAGAGAAAGAGAGAGAGAGAGAGCAAAAUGGAAAGCAGGCCUCUCAGAAGACACAGUUAAGUCUUGGACCUGUAAGAUAUUUUGGGAGCAACUGACAGACGUUACUGGGCUACUACUCUCACAGGUUUGUCAAUCAAAAGAGGAUGAGUAUGUGUCCUGCAGCCUGGGGCCUGCUAGUGCUUUGUGGACUGUCCCUGUGGACCGGCACCCAAGGCCUGGCCAAGAACCCCCUCCUCUCGCGGACACGAAGGGCCCCCGACGACUACAGCGGGGACCCCAAGAAGUGCUCCUACACCUUCCUGGUCCCCGAGCAGAAGAUCACAGGCCCCAUCUGCGCGGCCCGCGGCUACGCCACCGACAAGGACCGCGUGACCCGCCUGGACGUGGCCUCGGUGCGGGACCUCCUGUCCAAGCAGCGGCGGGAGGUGGAGACCCUGAAGCUGGUGGUGGACGUGGACGGCAACCUGGUGAACGAGAUGAAGCUGCUGCGCAAGGAGAGCCGCAACAUGAACUCCCGCGUGACGCAGCUGUACAUGCAGCUGCUGCACGAGAUCAUCCGCAAGCGGGACAACUCCCUGGAGCUGGCUCAGCUGGAGACGCGCGUGCUCAACGCCACGGCCGAGUCGCUGCGGCUGUCCUCGCGCUACCGCGAGCUGGAGACGCGCUUCUCCGCGCUGUCGGCCGUGGUCAACAACCAGUCGGUGCUGAUCGCCGCGCUCGAGGAGCGCUGCAUGCAAGUGUACGGACGCCGGCGGGACCACCACCCCGAGGGGCCGCCGCUGGUGCAGGUGGUCCCUGAGAACCUGCCGGUCAGCGUGCCGCGCUUCACCAACGAGAUCCAGAGGGACAACGGCCGGGAGGCACCGCGGGAGAGGGGCUCUCGCUCGGGACCGUCGCCGACGGGAAGCACCAUGGAGGCCCAGAAGCCGCCGGCAGGCAACUUCAGUGUGGAAGGUCCAUACAGAGACUGCCUCCACGCCCAGGAGGCCGGCCACACCGGCAGCGGGGUGUACCUGAUCCGGCCCGAGGAGGCGUCGCGGCCGCUGCAGGUGUGGUGUGAGCAGGGCAUGGACAACGGGGGCUGGACCGUCAUCCAGAGCCGCAGAGACGGCUCCGUCAACUUCUUCAGGAACUGGGACAGCUACAAGAGUGGCUUCGGGAACAUCGACGGGGAGUACUGGCUGGGGCUGGAGGGGAUCUACAAGCUGGGGCGGCAGGGAGACUACAAGCUGCUGGUGGAGCUGGAGGACUGGACGGGCAAGAAGGUGUACGCCCAGUACAGCAGCUUCCACCUGGAGCCCGAGGCCGAGGGCUACAGGCUGCGGCUGGGCACCUACCAGGGCAACGCCGGAGACUCGCUCGGCAGCCACAACGGCAAGCAGUUCACCACGCUGGACCGCGACAAGGACGGCUACGCCGGUAACUGCGCCCACUUCCAGAAGGGAGGCUGGUGGUACAACAGCUGCGGCCAGGCCAACCUGAACGGCGUGUGGUACACCGGCGGCGUCUACCGCAGCAAGUACCAGGACGGCAUCUUCUGGGCCGAGUACGGCGGGGGCUUCUACUCCAUGAAGGCGGUCCGCAUCAUGGUCCGGCCCAUAGACUGAGGGUGGAGGGCCCCUGCUGAGGCCACGGGGCGGGCUGGAGCACCUCAGACAUAAAUUAUAGAGUGUAUUUGUUGUGAGUAUAAAUGUUGUGUAGAAGUGUUGGAAAGAGAAGCCUGCUCUUUACUUCUGUGAAGGUCUCCCCAGCUCCCCCGAAACUAUACCCACCUCCCAAGGGAUUGGAAGAAUUUUGUUUUUCUUCUCCAGAUCCCUUCCUACAGCGAUGGGGACCCCCCGUAUGAAUAUGUACACAGCUUGUUGUAGUACAUGGCUAAAGAGGAAGAGAAGACAAGAUCAGUGCCAAAAGUUUAUUGAAGCCCCAUGAAUUGUGUGCCUGGCAGAGACAACGGUGUUUAAAGUCUCUCACCUCUGCAGGCAGAGGAUUUGCAUUUAAUUGAUUGACAUCCAAGGGAGGACUGAAAAACGAUGGCCAAGAAUACAUGCACACUUGCAUUCAAAAUCAAACUCAAGAUCCAGUCACAAUUCAGGUUACACAGUUCAAAUAAUUAUUAGUACUCAGAUUCUAUAUAGUCCCCACUGACUACUACAUAUGACCAAACUAUAUGCGUAAAUAGUACAAAAUUUAAUGACUUGUUCAGAUAUGGUUUCUGUUCCGUAGUUAUCACUAGAAAAGAGUAGCCUGAUGUAUGGCGUCCUCCUAAACUGGCAAUGGCCUUAAUAACUCUAUAUGUUACAGACAUUUUAUAAUUUAUCUUUAAAUAUCGAUACCAAGGAAACGGCAAAAUAAUCUUUCAAAAAUAGUUUCUCCCCUCCUUUCCAACUGUAUUUAUGAGUGUCAUUCUGAGAGGAAUAUAAAUGCUUGUUGUAUUAAUGCCCUUCCAGUUAUGCUAAAGAUUAAAUUUCUUCCAUCAACCUGGA